AUGAAGCCAUCAGUAAAGACCGAUCCUCCCAUGAUCAAGACCAACAGAGGGCAGCAUCGUCAACCAAGGUCCGUACACCCAGCGAACAGUAUCUCAAGUUGUCGCAGCAAGAAUCGGUGGCAUAUGAUCGCAAAGAAACCCGAAAGCAACCUAUUUGUGCUUGAUCUCACGGUACCCUUGGUGAGCCGCACUGGUAAAAGGGGUGGAUACAGACGGAUGUAUGUCAGGCCGUAUCAUGAUGAAUUCCUUGAGUACCUCUUUUCAGCAUUUUACGGUUAA